GUUAUAAGGCAUUCAUAAGUAUUUGUUUAAGAUGUUCAUCUUAAAACGACGUUCAUAUUUUUAAACUUUUGUAGAAAAAACAUUUUUGGAGCUAACAAUGAAAGGAGCUCCGUUUGGGAUUUUCUGUGCUUUUUUGUUGGUAACAAACUGUGCACCAGUGGAAGGAGUUUAUUCGGCCGCACAAGAAACAGCGAUACGCACGGCUAAGUUGGAUACCAAUUAUGAUCCAGUAUCGCGACCAGCCGAUACAACAGAGGUCAAAAUCGGCCUCAACGUCCUAGCCAUUGAUGAGCUGGACUUAAAAUCUCAGAAGUUGACGUUAGCUGGAUGGCUUACUAUGGAAUGGGAGGACAGCCGUUUAGCGUACACUAAAGCUUCCUAUGACGACAUCGAAAGUGCCUUCGCUCAACCGUCCAAAAUAUGGAAGCCAGAGGUAGUCAUCGAUAACUCUCUGGAGGAUUUAGGUGUCGUAACAGAUAGUUCGCUGCUACUGAGAUUUGACUAUCUGGGACUUGUGGAGUGGGAGCCGCCAAGAGCAUUCAACGUGCAUUGUGAGGUGGACAUAACCUACUACCCCUACGAUGUGCAGGGCUGUUCCUUGAAGAUUGUGGGCUGGGGAUACACCGCUUCUGAAGUCAACUUGGUUCUUCCCAGCACGCCCAUCAACCUGGAAGACUUUGAAACCCAUGGCGAGUGGGUGGUCUUACGAAGCGAGGCUACAACCUCAUCUAUCGUGGAAAUCUUGGACAGUGGUGCAACAAGGACCUUCCCAGUGCUGGAAUAUAAACUGAUCAUAAGACGCCGAACGGAUUUCUACAAUCUGAACGUCAUGAUGCCGGUGAUUGUGACGUCAUUGCUGGUCGCACUUACGUUCAUCGUGCCGUUUGAAAGCGGAGAGAAACUAUCAUACGUUUUGACGGUGUUUCUGGCGUUAGCCGUGCUUCUGACCAUCACAUCAGAUGCCCUGCCACCCACUUCGAUUACAGUAUCAGUUCUCGGAUUGUAUCUUGGAGUAAUCACAGUUCUCGCAGCCGUUGGAAUACUUCUAACAGUCCUACUCCAAUUGAUGUACCAUACCGAGGGUCGUCCAAAAUUAACUGGCGUCCAUGGAUGCGUUUUAGCCGUCACCAGAUUCGCAGCGAGGGUUGUGUGUUCAACUAAGCAAGAACUGCUGACGUCACGUGUAAGAACACAAAAAGUAGUCCCGCUUUCACAAACGGACUUGAAAAAAGCAUCGCCGGCGAAGAACGAUGAGGAGACCAUGUCGCUGGGAAGAGACACGGAUUUGGCUGACAUAUCAUGGUCUGAGAUAGCGAUCAUCUGGGACAGAUUUCUGUUUGUUAUUUUUAUGGCUGUUACUGUGAUCAUGAAUAUUUCCUUCAUUAUAGCUCUAGUAGCUGGUGGGAAUUCUGAUCAGGCGGCGUAGUUUUUGGAAUUACCGUGAAAUUAAAGAUUACAAUAUCAUUAAUAUGCAUUCUAACGAUCAAAGAUAUCAAUUAUUAUUGAGUUUAAUAUCUAAUGAAUAAGAAUGGCUUAUUGUUCAGAAUUUUGUUAAAGUUAACAACUUUGUUAACUUUUUCGUUGUUAACGUUCAAAUCUGUAUUUCUCUGGAAGUGUCAUGGAUACACUUGAGGCAACUGUUUAAGCUGUACGUUUUUGGUUUAUUAAAAUACAUGAGCACAUCAUAACAUAUUUCACCUUUCAAAGUUAACAUUGAUUUCGUUUGCAAAGAUGUUAACUUAAACAACGCUCUGAACAAUAAGCCAUUAUCAAGAUACCUACAAAAAAGAAGAACCAAAAAAACUUAAUCAGCUAACUUAUAAAACUAACUGUAUAAUUAUAUUACAUUUUUACCUUUUUAAAGCUGCAUUCUCACAGAUUGACCAAUAUGACAUUUUCUUUUUCUUUUUUUCACAAAAUCAGCUGAUUUUGUCAUCAAUGCUUUCAAUUCAGUCAUAUAAGAUAAAUCACAAUAGAACAUAUCGCAAUUGUUUGGAAAGGUGCCAAAAAUUUCAUUUUUUCUUAAAUCGUUAGUAACGCCUUUAGCCAUAAAACAUCAAUUUUUGAUCGCAGAUAUCAAAUCUGCCAACUGAUCUUUUAUAUAUUGUUUAUUGUGGAAAAACAUAUACAGUAGGCAUAAGCCCAUGAGUACAGUAUACAAAUACAAUGGUUAAUACAUUCAUAUGGUUGGCGAUGAGUAUUAUGUACAUGUAGUAAGAUACAGCGAAAGGAGAGUAACUUGCAAUACAAUAAAUAAUAAUUAUUUCAGGCAGAACUCAAUGUUUGAGUAUUAGCAACGCACGUACUAGUAUAUAUAUAUAUAAAAUAGUAAGUUUCUUGCAGCAAAUGCUUUAUGACAAAAUGUUGCUAAUUUUUUCAAAACAACACAACUUUCUGAUUGUAAUAAAUCUUUGAACUUUAUAAAAUUAGCGUUGGUACGGUAAUAUCUAUUUAUUAGUGUUUGUCUUAGUUCAAUGAAACAUUCACAUUCGAAAAUAAAGUGAAAUUCAUCUUCUUAAGAGUUACAAUAAAAACAGACUCUUUCAUUAACUGGAAUAGGUGUAGGUUUGUUCCGUCGACCUGUUUCUAUACAAAGUCUAUGUGACGAAACACGUAAUUUAGUUAAUGAGAUUCUAUACUUUUCAAUGUUAACAAUAUCUAAAUAUGGUUGAAAUUUAAAUUCAGCAAACAGUCUAUACGUUAAUGCUCUACUUGAACUUUGUAUAUCUGCAUUCCAUUCUUGCUUAUAUUGGUCACUUAUUCUUAGUUUUACAUGGUAUAGAAACAAAUUCACAUUUCCUACGGUCUGGAAUAACCAUGCAUCGUUAAGUCCUAACCGUUGUUAUAUGUUUCUAACAUGCUUUGCCCAAGAUGGCUUAUUUGGAUAAAUAUCUAAGUCAUUUAACAUCAUAUUAUAUACAAGUUUAGCAUACUUUAUAUCUGAUGUACAUAUAAUCUUAGUCCAAUAUCUAAUGACAUUGUACAUAGUCCUAUUUUUACAUGGCAUCUUGCCCAAUUCACCAUAGACAAAGACAUUUUGUGUCUGCAAUUUGACUCCAAGUAACUGCUUAUAAAAUCUAAGGUACAAUCUCUCUCAGACUGGUGCAUUAGAAUAUCCCCAGAUUUCACUACCAUAACAUAUCACUGGGUCGAUAAGUUUAUCAAAUAAAUCUAACCUGUGACUAACAGAGAUGUAUGGAAAUUAAACAAGAUAUGACUUCAUAGUGUAAAUUGCUUUCAUGGCUUGACCAGCUAUUCUUUCAAAGGCCGUAUUAAAAGACACACCUGCGGUGAACACAAUUCCCAAAUAAUUAAAUUUAUAAACAAUUUCAAUUUCUUCAUUGUUAUAAGUAAAUAUAAUAUUACCUAAUCUCCGUCCACCUUUUAUAAAUAUCAUGAUUUUAGUUUUACUGACAUUUACUUUUAGCUUCCAUCUAUUACAAUAUUCUUCCAAUAUAGAUAAACCAUUUUGUAGUCCCUUUUCCGUUUCAGAAAAAAUACAUAUAUCAUCUGCAUAUAAAAUGAGAUAUAGUUUUAACAUACCAAUAUCAAUGCCAUCAUGGCCUUUCACGAUUAAAGUUUCUUCUAAGUCAUUUAGAUACAUAGCAAAUAAAAAUGGGGAAAGGCUUUCCCCUUGCCUUACACCUAAGUUGCAACUAAAUUCAUCACUAACCUUAUUAUUGCUUUUAACUCUUGAUCUAACAUUUUUAUACAUAUUUCUAAUAAUAUCAUAAAUUUUUCCUCUCAAUCCUAAUUUGAUAAGCUUGUAAAAAGGAGUUUGUCUUUCAAUAUAAUCAAAGGCUUUUGUAAAAUCUAUAAAGGCAACAAAUAACCUUUUAUUUUUGUUUAACUAAUGCUGUAAGAGUCCAUGAACAACAAAAAUAUUAUCCACAGUACUCAUUUUCUGUCUAAAACCAGCCUGUGCUUCAACAUAUACAUUAUAAUUCUCUGUCCAGCAUGUUAGUCUGUUAUUUAUUAUCUUGGAAAAUAAUUUUCCCAAUGUACUAAGAAGAGUGAUUCCCCUAUAGUUUCCAGGGUCUUCCCUACUUCCCUUUUUAAAGAUUGGUACAAUAUAGCCUUCAGUCCACAAGUCUGGAAAAUAUCCUAUAUCAAACAAUUUAUUAAACAACUUAUGUAGGUAUUCAAGUACAUUAUUGGGAGCAUAUUUAAAGAAUUCAUUAAUGACAUAAUCAGGACCUCCUGAGCGCCCAGGUUUCAAUUCUUUACAAGCUUUAUUAAUAUCUUUUAACAAGAUCUCUUGAUUUAGUUUUAUAAGCAGUCUUAUAUCAACGGUUUUCAGAUAUUUACACAAAAUUUGGCUCAUUCCAUGACGAAAAAUAAAAACGGUCAAUCUGUGAGAAUGCAGCUUUAAGACAUUACUGUUAGCAUGCAGAUACUGCUAAAACUUUGCUGAUAUAUAUGUCAUGUACAACAUUGAGCCAGAUAGUGCCACAACUACGAAUAUUAUGUGAUGAAUUAUUUUUACUGCUGAUAUCAAAUCGGAAUUGUUUGUUAACAAAUAUUGAGAUUAUAAAAUGUGAAAUCUUAAGUAUGAUUAUGAAUCACGAAAUAUGACGUCACGACGCAUCUCAUUUAACACGUAUUCCUUCGUUCACUCUGUUUUUCAUUCGGUAUUUCUUUUUCGCCAUUGUUUAUGAUAAAUAUGUAUAAAUUUAUAUCAUCAUAAACAAAAAUGAACAAAUUCAUUCAUUUGAUCGUUUAUUCAUUGGUUUAUUCACUUUUAUUCAUUCUUCCAUUUAAUUUUUAAGCAUCACAAAUUAUUUACAUUUUUUAACAUUGUUAUUUCGGGUAAAUUCUUUUUGCUGUUAAAUGAAAUAAAAGCGCUUGUU